AUGGCACUUUCGUCAUUAAAUGCAAAGGAAAGGGUUUACCAAAUUCUUGGACUGCCAUCCUCAAGUUACUACUAUAUAAGCCUCAAACCGCAAAUUCUCCGCUCCAAACACCCAAAAAAAAAACCGCUUCUUUCAAAACAAAAGAACGUUAACACCAUGGUCGGUUCCUGUACUUCGCCACCACCAGCGGCACUCUGCUCCCCCUACAUCACCAUCGUUGGUCAGAACACCACAGCAACAAUCUCCACCCUCCAUCCAGACAUCAUAGAGACCCACAUAUUGACCCGACUUGACGGCCCAACUCUCGCAUCCGCCUCCUGCGCCUCCACUGACCUCCGUGCACUCACGUCACAGGAAAACCUCUGGACCAACAUUUGUCACUCCAUGUGGCCUUCCACUACCUAUCCACGUGUUCGCCACGUCAUCUCUCACUUCCCCAACGGUUCCCGCUCCUUUUUCUCAGACGCCUUCCCAUUAGACACUGAACCCGCGUGUUUCGGAAACCCGUCGGAAACGUCUGACCUUCCAUCAGAAUUAAUCUCAGCCGUUGAUAUUUAUUACAAGAAAGAACUGAUUUUUAGCAAAGUCGUCGAAACCGAAACGGUAACCGCUUGGUUCAAAUGCUCACCGUUUCGGGUCGAUUUAUUGGAUCCUAAAGAAGCAGUUUCGACCCGGAUACCACACCCGGAUACGGAGGACACUUGUCGAGAUCUGGAGGAAGACAUGGAGUUGAGCUGGAUCUUGAUCGACCCGAUAGGAAAACGGGCGAUGAAUAUCUCGAGUCAAAGACCGGUGGCAGUACACCGGCACUGGCUGAGCGGGGAGUUGCAGGUGAAGUUCGCGGCUGUGGUGGCCGGUGGGGAGAGUGAGACGGCGACUGAGUUGGUGCAGUGCGGCGUGGUGGUUACGUGCGGGGUGUCGGCGAGAGGGGAAAUGCACUUGACGGAGGUGAGUUUGCAGGUGGAGGACAUGGAUGGGAUGUUUUUGAAUGGGAGGGACAGCUCGGUAAUUUUGAAGAAGGGCUUGGACGGUGAAAGAGGAAAAGGAAAAAGGAGGGAAGCGGAAAGGAAGAAGGGAUUUCUAAAGUUUUCGGAAAGGAAAAGAGCAAGGAAAGAAGAGAAGUUGAGAAGGGAAGGGACACUGGAUUUGCUUUGCCUUACCAUCGGGGGUUUGGCGUUUUGUUCCUUGGGAUUAUUUCUUCUGUUGAGAUGAAAAAGAACAAAUUCAAAAAAAUUAAUUCAAUUAAGAAAAGCAUAGAGAGAGGAGAAAUUAUUAACAUAUAAUAAUUUCGACAACAACUAGGUUGUAUUGUGUUAAGAAUUAUAGUCGGUAAUCUUUCUUUAUGUUAAUUAUGAAAUGCACUACCUAUACCUUCUUCAAAGGCUCGUUCAGUCAGGAUGGGUGCAAAGCAACGCAUAUGUCAUCUUAAUUUAAGGAAUUGAAUAGCUUAUUUACUUGUAAACUUUAUUCGACAAGAAAAACACUAAAGCAAGGACAGGGUUUACAUUUUCUUUUUCCAUUUUUCAUUCGUAUCGUGUAAUAUUUCCUGUAAUUCUACAGAAAAAACACAAAGAAAGAAAGAGGAUACA